CAUCACACAAGACAAGAAACAAAACCCUCCAUCCUCUCUUCGUUUCUCUCCUCCUGAUCUCCUUGAAACUCAAACACCCUCACUUUCACUUGUCUGUAUACAUACAUGCAUUAAUAGAUAUAGACAUUAAUCGAACACCCACCUUGCUGCUGUUUAAUGAUCCAAAUUUCGCUGCUUUUGGUUAAGAAAAACGUGAAUUUCUGUGCAAUCGUUGACGGAUGCUGACUGAUUUUCAGGAAUCGUGGAUGCCCCUGAUAUGUAAUCACGUUUCCGAGUUUUUUAUGCCUCGAUCUGUUAACGAUCAUAAUCCACUUAUCGCUAACUUGUUAAGCCUGUGAUUUAGAUUUUUUGUUUUCUAAUGCCCUUUUUCUGGUUGCGUUUUCAACAAGUAUACUUGUUGAUUGGAUCACCGACAAUUCUCUGAUCUGGGAAAAGCUAAAAAAAAGUGGUUUUCUUUCGCUUUUCCCUCCAGAAAUAUUGAUUGCAAAGCCGAUUGCAAUUACAAUCUCUGUUUCUGGGUUUUUCAGCCAUGGAGGAUGAUUUUGCUGGUUUGGUUCGUUUUGAUUGGGAUCUUUUUACUUCAACGAGUUAUGAUGACUUCACGUGAAUGAAUAGACUAGACUUAACGACUCCGAUUUUGAAAUUCCUUUUUGGAUAUAGAAUAUCCCAUCGUUUUGGAAUAGUAUACUUGUUCUCAAGGUUUCCGUUUAUGGUUCGCCUUGCCUCAGCGUUUUUCACCUUCCAUCUUUCAAGCUUUUCCUUCCUCUGGGUUACAUAAACUAAAAGUUGCCUUAAACCACGGCUCCUGAUUUUCUUGUCUGGCUCCGAUUUUUCAAGUGGUUUUUUGUGGGAUGAUAUGGCUUUCUGAUUCUCCGCUUCCAUGGUCCAAGUGUAUGCCAUCUGGUGCAUUAAAUUUAUUAGUUAAUAUACUAGAUGGUGAAAGAUUGCCUUGUAAUUCAGUUCUCUUUGUUUCUUUUGUGUGUGUGUCUCUCUCUUUUUUCUUUUCCCCUCUCUUUUUAACGUUUGUGUCACAUAAUGAGUUUCUAUUAGCAUGUUUCUCUUUGUAGGUUUGAGACCUGAGAUUUGCUAGUCAAUUAUAUUUUGAGAAGUUUAGACCUUUUCUUCUGCAAAGUUUUGGGCACUGCAUAAGAUCAGCAGUGCCCAUGGAUGCCACAACUAGCGGAACCCCUGCUAUUCAAUACCAUAACAUUCCUGACCAGCCAAUUACUGCCAUUGUUGCCUCACCUCUACCACCAUUUGAACGACAACAACGCCAUUGCUAUGGGGACUCUAGUCCUGGAGAAUUUCCCUUGUCCGCUAAUCCCUCCAUUGUACUUCAUGUCCUUACAACAUGCAACAUGCUCCUUCUUUAGACAGCCUGCAAACUUUACCCCCGACUUUAGUUUGUCCCUGUCAGAGAUUGCUGCAUUCGACAUGUGCCAAAAGAGAGCCAUUUUUCGGCCAAUGACAACAGAACAGAAGCAAGAAUUGAAGCAAAUAUGUGGAGAUUCUUGGAAACUGGUUCUGAGAUUUCUGCUUGCAGGAGAAGCAUGUAGUAGGAGGGAGAAAUCACAGGCAGUAGCAGGUCCUGGUCAUAGUAUUGCUGUGACAUCAAAAGGGGUUGUUUAUUCAUUCGGUUCCAACAAUUCAGGACAACUUGGGCAUGGUACUACUGAAGAGCAAUGGCGACCUUGCCCUAUCAGAUCGUUGCAAGGAAUUCGAAUUAUACAAGCAGCUUGUGGGGCUGGGAGGACAAUGUUAAUCAGUGAUUCUGGGCAGGUAUAUGCCUUUGGGAAAGACUCCUUUGGGGAAGCUGAGAUUGGAGCUCAAGGACCAAAGAUUGUUACAACUCCCUUGUUAGUUGAGUCUUUGAAGAACAUAUUCGUGGUUCAAGCUGUGAUUGGAAACUUCUUCACAGCUGUGUUGUCAAGAGAAGGCAGGGUUUAUACAUUUUCUUGGGGCAGUGAUGCGAGACUCGGUCAUCAUACUGAUCUGAAUGAUAAGCAACCCCAUCCUUUGUUAGGAGCUCUUGAACACAUACCAGUUGUGCAAAUAGCUGCUGGAUACUGCUACCUACUUUGUCUGGCAUGUCAACCUAGUGGAAUGUCAGUGUACUCAGUUGGGUGUGGCUUAGGUGGGAAGCUUGGACAUGGUUCAAGAACUGAUGAGAAGUAUCCUCGUUUAAUCGAACAGUUCCAGAAUUUAAAUCUUCAACCCAUGGUAGUUGCAGCUGGUGCGUGGCAUGCUGCUAUAGUGGGGCAGGACGGCCGUGUUUGCACGUGGGGAUGGGGCCGCUAUGGCUGCUUGGGUCAUGGUAAUGAAGAUUGUGAAUCAGUACCUAAGGUGGUGGAAGCGUUGAGCGAUGUCAAAGCAGUUCAUGUUGCUACAGGAGAUUACACAACCUUUGUAGUGUCCGACAAUGGUGAUGUGUAUUCAUUUGGUUGUGGAGAAUCUUCUAGUCUUGGCCAUAACGCCGGAAAUGAUGAUGGACAGGGCAACGGCCACUCAAAUGUUCUAAGUCCAAAGCUUGUAACAUCACUGAAACAGAAGAAUGAAAGGGUGGUUCAGAUCAGCCUGACCAACUCUAUAUACUGGAACGCCCAUACCUUUGCGCUCACCGAAUCAGGCAAGCUAUACGCGUUUGGUGCCGGGGAUAAAGGACAGCUAGGAAUCGAGCUCACUGCGAACCAGACUGAGAGGGGAAAACCAGAGAGGGUUGAUAUUGAUCUCAGUUAAAUUUCUGUGGGUCAUAUAUUAUAUCCACUAAUUUAUGGUCACAAUGCAUGGUUUAGCAUUUAGCAUUCUGUAAAUUGGGAAUUAAAGAAAGCAUCAUGAAAGGAGUAUGGUAGGGAAAACAGCUAACAAGGGCCUCAUGGUGCUGCACUAUGAUUGUUGAUAUGAUUACUCAUAGGCUCCAACUAGUUGUUGAUAGUUGAUACAUUGUUGAAGCUUUCAUUUACUGCUUUUGUUGUUUCAUGCUGGUUUUAUUUUUAUAGAUCAUUUGCUUAGCAACAAUUUGGUUAAAAUUGGCCUUUUAUUCUCA